AGCGAUAUCCCGUUGAACGUUUUUCCGCGGGCUUGUCCCCGACAGAUCAUCAGCUCGGCUGAGACAUCUACCGCGAUUUUUUUUUAAUAUUUGGAUUUUAAUUAUCCUUGUGUGCUCUUUUUAAAGACUAUAUUUCGUUUUUUUUUGCUCUUUUUUUUAAUUUUCGUUAGCUUUAUAUUGCGCUACAUUAAUGUUUGUUGUGGCUGCAGAGUUUUUCGACAGUGUGACAGCAUAUAUACACAUUUAUACGUAGUUAUAGAUGUACGUAAGCACACUGUUAUUAGCAAUUGUCUGGCGGUAGUAACUUAGCCAGUUUAUUCGAUCAAGCUUUUUCGUUGAACACUCUCCUGUAGGCGGCCGUCCAAUAAUCUACGUUUUAAGGUUAGGCUUAUCAUUAUUAUGUUUUGUGGUAUGUGCACUCAUAUGCAGAUUUGCAAUAUAUGUAAGCAUCAGAGCGUACUUACCUUCACGUUAUCUUUGAGAAGCUACCCACGAGCUAUUUAAAACGAGAAUUUAUUCCGACAAAAAGCCCAUAGGAAUUUAAUUUUGUGUCCAUAAAAAAAUUACAUAAUGGCAAUAUUUAUACGCCGAGUAUUGCAGGCAGGAAUGAAAAUUGAAAACACGAGCAUGAAAAAUCCAAAAUUGCAUUCCCGAUUUUCAAGUGCAGUUCAAAGGAAAGUUAUUGAAGGAACAAACGGAGAAAAAAUAUUACGAUCUCCUUAUGGCGCAAUAAUUACAUAUCCAGAAAUGUCGAUAUCAGAGUAUGUCUGGGCGACGUUAGAUAAUUACUCGAAUAUGGAUGCUGCGGUGUGCGGAGUGACCGGUAGAAAAUAUACUUAUGGACAGGUAAGAGAUGGCGCAAAUAAUGUUGCGAGAAGUUUGCUCAACAUGGGCGUACAAGCAGGCGAGGUGGUUGCCGUGGCGCUGCCUAAUUUACCGGAAAGUCCAAUCGCUUUUUUGGGCUGCAUUGAGGCAGGCAUUAUAGUGACAACGGUCAAUCACAUGUAUACGGCAGACGAGAUUCUGAGACAACUCGUGUCGUCUGGAGCGAAGGCUAUAAUCACCGCGGCCGAGAUAGCAUCGACUGUGAUGUCAGCAGCAAGCAAACAUAAGCCAGACAUGAAAGUAAUUGUUGUCGACGACUCCACAAAACCGUUGCCGGAAGGUGUCAUUCCUUUCGCGGAUCUAAUAGCUAAAGGGGAAAGCCUUCCUCCGGUACCUGAGCGCCAAUGGAGUCCAGACGAUGUCGCAGUUUUGCCUUACUCCAGCGGUACUACUGGACUUCCCAAGGGUGUUAUGCUGACGCACCGUAACCUGGUUUCCAAUGUGGAAAUGAUUAAGCAAACGGGAAACGAACUGUUUACCCCUGCUCACGGUUCUUACCAGGAAAACAUUCCGGUUGUAUUGCCUUUGUACCACAUAUAUGGCAUGUCUACUAUCAUGCUGGCGAGAAUGUCGAUUGGUAGCAAACUUAUUACAUUGCCAAAGUUCACUCCAGAAUCUUGCGUUAAGGUUUUGGACGAGCACAAGGUGACAUCGCUGGUAUUAGUACCGCCGAUGGUCAUGUUUUUAUCAAUAACAAAGUUAACACAAUCGAAAUAUUUGGACAACGUCAGUAACAUCAUCAGCGGAGCAGCUCCUCUUUCUGAAACUGACGUUGAAAAAUUCUACAACAAGUACAAAGUCGAUCGCAAUAAAGUGAAAUUCUGCCAAGGCUACGGGCUGACCGAGUGCUCGCCAGUUGCUCUGUUCGAAACGACCGGUACCAAAUACUCGAGCAUUGGGAAACCCGUGAAAGGCUGCGACGUGAGGCUGGUCGAUCCAGUGACGCGCAAGGACGUUGAUGGACCCGGCUGUACUGGCGAAAUAUGGAUCCGAGGGCCGCAUGUCAUGAAAGGAUAUUUAAAUAAUCAAAAAGCCACCGACGAAACGAUAAUCAACGGCUGGCUUCUUACCGGCGACAUUGCUUACUACGACGACAACUUGGAUUUCUACGUUACCGACAGACUCAAAGAACUGAUUAAAGUUAAAGGUUUUCAAGUAGCACCUGCGGAGCUCGAAGCUCUACUGAGGACUCAUCCAGAUGUAGAAGAGGCCGGCGUUAUCGGAAUCCCGGACGAAAGGUACGGAGAGGUUCCCAGGGCGUUUGUCGUAUUGAAGAAUGCGGCCAAGCUCCAACCCGAAGAUUUGCAAAACUUUGUGAAAGGGAAAGUCACCGAGUUCAAAGAAUUGCGAGGUGGAGUCAAAUUCAUCGACAGUCUCCCGAAAAAUCCAUCUGGCAAAAUUUUGCGUGCCCAGCUAAAGAAGAACUACUGCUAAUACUCAUUGUCCAGAUCUUCUGUGUGACAGUAUUUUACGUUGAAGAUCCGUUUUGUUUAUGUAUGAUUAGGAAAAAUUCGAUGUGAUCCUAGCGAUUGAAUUGUCUAUUGGCCAAACUAGAUCAUACCAUAGUAUUAUUUAGCCGCCAGUUACUUACACAUUUUUGAUAAGCUAUAUAUUUCUCUCUCUCUCUCUCUCUCUGUUUAUGCAAAUAAUAUUUAAUAUCUACGUUCACGUACGUCACUUUUAAAAUCGGUCGCUUGGAAAAUGAACUAUUUUUAAUAUAAUUAUUGUCGCAAUUUGAAUAAAAAACUAUUGGUUACAACGUUACCGUUAGCAUUAACGUUUCUCAGUAGAUUUUCAGAGUUGUAUUUUGGUAUUGUUAUAAUAUUCAAGAGUUUGAUUAUUCCAAAUUAUUAUGUGAUCCUGAAGCGUAGUGAUCGCGUUAUAGACGCUAAUAUCUCAAGCUCAACAGUGAAUCUUUAUGUAUCAUUGACUUUAUUCUUCAGGCAAUUGUGAAAGUGGUACCGUGGUAUACUUAUAUUGAUAUUUUCUGGAUAUAUCAUGUGUUUGGCGAAUGAGUGCAAAGAACAUUAUGAUGUGUUAUGAUUAUUUUAUAUUAGAACUGAAAACACUUGAGAGAUACGU